AUGCCCACGACCACCACCUUCCCUAUCCCAGACGGGCUUGGUGCCUCUGCCUUGGACAACCAAGGGACCGUAUCCCAGUCUCUACCCCUACCUCCUCAAGAGAUCGGCGGCGGUUGCUUUGUCUUUCACAAUCUCACCGAAUUCCACACCAGGCCGACACUGAAUGUGGCGACCGGAAACGCAAAGAAAGAGCUUGAAUCCAAACGGAACUUGAGAUUCACCAGACGGGUUCAGCAAAACGGACUUGAAUGCUCCGUCUUCAAAGGCUUCAGCGACAAAUUCAACGACGAGGAAGACGACGCCAGCGGCGGCUACCUGAUGCAUCUGUCCACGCCGAUGAGGAAGAUGGUGACGUAG